UGCGAGGACGUCACUGCACAGCACAGGACAGCACACGACGCAGCAGUCAGCGCCGACAGCCACCGCGACAAUGUCCUUCCUCAAGGCCUUCUGGAAAGGGAACUCCAAGCACGAGAAGCUGUGCGAGGAGUGGGCGCUGGCCAACUGCAAGGAGCUGGAGGGCGACCCGGCAGAGGCGGCCACGUUCACCCUCAAGUACCUGGGCAGCGCGCUCGUGGGCGCCGCCAGCAGCGAGACCGCCACCGCAGAGGCCAUCAAGACCAUCAUCACCAUGGCGAAGGCGGGCGGCCGAAAGCUGCCGCGCGUCGCCGUCUCUGUCAGCCUGCGGGGCAUCCGCGUGUGCGACGUCUCCUCCGAGGAGAUGCUGCUCGACGUCUCCAUCUACAGGAUCUCCUACUGCUCUGCUGAUGCCACAUACAACCACGUAUUUGCAUUCAUUGCAACGAAUAGCAACGAAACACUGGAGUGCCAUGCAUUCCUGUGCCCUAAAAGGAAAAUUGCACAAGAGGUCACACUAACUGUGGCACGGUCUUUCAACACAGCCUAUGAGAUGUGGCAGAUGUCUCAAGGAUCCAACAAACUUCAAGAUGAGAUCAACAGACAGCUGUCUCAGAAACAUAAAAUCUCAGAGUUCAGUAACACAAGACAAGAAAUAAACAGCACCAAAUUGCAGAGUGAGAAUAAGAGUCUUCUGAUUGACUUUUCAUCAGAGCCAGCUACACUGUCUGACAAUGGAAACACAUGGGUCAGUUUUGAAGAAGACAGCACUGAAAACAUCAACACCAACUUUGCAAGGUUUCCCAAGUCAAAUUCAGAAAACACCAUGAACUCAUCAAAUUCACCAAAGCACCAUAUGCAGUUUUUGCAGAACAACAGCCACAACAGCAGCAGUAACAACUGCUGGGGAGAGACGCAUUCAGUCAACCUUCUUUGCUCUUAGCAACAUAAUUUUACCCCACAAUAAAAGGUGUACCAGUGAUGUAGACACUCAAAUCUCAGAAGUAAAAAAACUCUUCUGUGAAGUUUUCUAACCAAGAGACUGCUGUUUCUCUCAAGAAAUCUCAGAUUAUUGUAGUGAUUUUUACAGCUUUUGAAUCAAAGUGCAAUGAUACCAUGACAGUUAUACAAUUGUAGAUCUGUCAUUGUAAUGUAGAAGAAGGCAGAGUAGUUCCUGCUUGCUUAAAAGUGAAGCAUAUCAAGAACUGUUUUACAAGUUGGUGUUUCAGCUGUCCAUGAGAAAGACAAUUUGAUGUGAAAUGAAGUUAAAUGUAAUACCAUAUUUUGUCUGUUCAGGUGAAUUUCUGGACACGUUAAUAUACUGACGUUUUUGUGCAAACCGUGUGCCAUGCACACAGAGACUGGUAGAUAAUUUAUAUUGCUUUAUUACACUGAAAUUAAUUUUGUACUGGAUUUACCAAUGAACACCACAAGCAGGUAAUCAUCAGAAAAGUAGCAUCCUUUCAGAUAAGUAGAAAGUUUCUUUUUAGAAUACUUUCAGGAAGAGAACGCAUAUUACUGCUAUGCUAUCAAGCUCUCUUGUUUCCCACCAUAGUUACCAUGUUACAUGUGUAAGGAACUGCGAGAUACUGUUGAAGCUAUUGUGAAGUUGCGUAUGUGAACUGAGAAUUCUUUGUCCUAUGCUCUCUACUGCUUUCACUACUGCUGUUACUUCAAAAUACUCCAAAUAGCAAUUUUCUCAUACUAAGAUUUUAUAAUCCUUAAAAAUUAUUUUAUUUUAGUAUAUUGUGUAAUAUAGCAACUGGUAGAAUGAAAUAAAAUUGAACUGUUUGUACUUGGAACAAUAUAAAUUGUCAUGACAGUCAAUACAUAAGUGAGAAGAUACCUGUCAAAUAAUAGAAUAUUACCUCAUAAACCGAUACAUUCAAAACCUAUAUCUUAUCUUUCUUAACCUUUUCAACACACAGUUAUCUAGUUUUUUUUACAUGUGAAAUUCCUGAAUUUAUUACUAUACAUUGAUGUAUGAAUGAGGUAAUAAUUAAUUACAGUUAUAUACUUGUUAAUUUUAUGUAAUAGCAGUUUCAUUAUUCAUAAUUACAUGAAUUUUGUUAUUAUUUCCAAUUUUACUCAGGCAUCUGAAAAGUGCAAAAGGUUAUAAUGUUUAAUACUAUUUAUGGCAUUCAUUUUAUGUCAUAGUAAUAUAUUAUUCAUGUGUCCAGGACGUGUCACAACAAUGAUGAAUACAGUUGGAAGCUCUCGAGUAAAUAGAAAGCACUAUUUGUGAUAUAAUAAUGUAAUUAUGAAACACCAAUUGCUCUGCCUUUCACAAAAGAGACAGUACACUAUAUUUUUUGUAGGCUUUGUUGUAAUGUGUUUCAUAUUUUAAAAUUAUUUGUGCAGCAUCAUGUAGCUCACAUACAAAUUUCUUAAACUUAUAUGCAUGGCUCUUUAAAUGGGCAUAUUUCAUACUCAUCAUCUGAAAGAUGAUUCUGUAUUGUUUACAUGGUAUUUUUAGUAAAAACUUAUGAAGUACAUGUCUAAAGAGUAGCUGUGACAAAAAAAGUUUUGAAACAAGAUGUACUUGUUUGUACUACUUCUACUUUCACUUACUGUAAAUAAAAAUAGAAAAUUUUUAUUAUGUAUACAAUAUAUCUUAUACACAAAUAAAUAAUUUAUUCAUUAUAUGCACAUUAA